CUACAUCGUUGCGACAGUCUCCAGCUUUUACAACGCCGAAUACAUAUUCACCACUAGCAGCACUAGGUACUUACCUCGUAUCAUCUCUGUCGCUAAGAUCUAUAUUUCGCUAUAAGACCCCCAAAAAGAAGUAUUAAUCAAGAUGGAAUUCGGGUUCAUUCCUAUCGCCCACAUCGUGGCCGCCGUCUUCGCCAUUAUCGAACUCGGCCUUACAGCAUACCUUGUCAGUGUGUACGAUGGCUGGUAUAAUUACUACUACGACUACUCGCCCCCGCGAAUUAACUUCAUGGUUUUCAACUCCGUAUGGUCGCUUUUGGUUUUGAUAUACGUCGGCGUGGUGCCUCUGUACCUAACCAGCUUCUUCCACCGACUUGCUGCACUCGCUCUCAACGCCAUAACUACAAUUUUCUGGUUCGCUGGGUCGAUCGCCCUCGCCGUCUUUGUCAGCAGGUUCCAUGACUGCCGAUCUGAGUCCUGGUGCGGUUCCGCCGAGGCCGCUGUCGCCUUCGGCUUCUUCCUUUGGGCCCUCUUCUCCUUCCUCACUGUCAUCGACGCCCUUGAUUCUUUACGGAGUCGCGGCCACAACGUCGGCCCCGCUACCAAGCCGACCGCCUAUCCCGGUCCCUAAACAGACUUGACUGCCUAGACAAACGAGAAAUAAUUUUCAGUCACUUUUGUUUCUGUUUAAUGUUCAUUUCUGAUAAUUGAAAACCGAGUGCUGG